CGAAAAAAGAUGCCACGAAGCUUUCGGCAGGGACUCGGUUUGCUUACAGCGCUACCCCAACCUUACAGGUGCCAUCUCUUCCUUGCAAAGACAACUGGAGAUCCAAGAAUCCCAGCUCCGGAGAACCAAAUCUGAAAAGGAAAUGCUCCAGAAGCAGCUCGGAGAGCGAGAAAAUCAGCUACAAGCCAUGUCUAGCAAGUUUUGCAGCCUGAGAGAAGAGCGGAAGCACGAAGAAAUGGUGGUGGCAAUGGAGGAGGAGAACUGCAGUCUUCGGCAGGUCGUUACAGAACAAGAAUCCAAACUGGCUGAGCAGAACAAGCUGAUCAGUGAGUUACAGGGGACAGUCAGCCAGCUACAGGCAGAGGUUCUGACCAGCCGACACCAUAUCCACAAGCAGCAACGUGCCCAAGAGGCGAUCCAGAGCCAAGCUGAGACGCUGCAGCACAGGGAGCUGCAAACCAGGGUGGCACUGGAACGUGUCACCAGCAGGUUUGAAAGAUACCGAAGCAAAAUAAUUCAGGCUACGUUCAGUACGGCAGGCAGCAAGCCUCCCCAGGCAGAGGUCACGGAUGAGGAGGUGCUGGAGGCGAUGCAGAAAAUAAUUAACGAACGGAUGGAGUUCCAUCAGAUGCUGAAACAGAAGGGCAUCAAGGUGCCAUCGCUCCACAGCAUCGACUCAGCUACUUCGUUGCCUCCCAGUGCUAAGGGAAGGAGAAAGAGUCCUGCAAGGUAGCCUCUUCCCACGCCCCAAAAGCAGCCCUAGCGGCCGAGUCAGAAUAUGCCACCAACUUCAGGCCCCCGUUCCUUGGAUUUGAGAUGGUGACUUGCUAACAAAUUAAACUAAUUUUGCUGAAAUCAAGUUGCUGCUUUGGCAAGUUGGUAUAGUUACACGACCGGAAAAAUUCACCAAUGCCAAAACACAAGGGACAGUGACGUAUGACUGCAAGAACCGUUUUAUUUUCCCAUUCAAUAUGCCAGUCCCAACACGUGGAUGUACUGACACUGUAUCUAGAAGUUCGGUUAGAGCUCUGUAUCAUUUUUAGCAGAAAACAGCCAAUCUGUAGGUCACCCUAGCUUAUGGAGAGGUUCGCAUUCAUACAGGUAGUAGCCCGGAUGUAAAAGUCACCCACAGACUGCAAAAAUUAGAGCCUGUAUUUUGGAAGGUGUCCCCAGCACUCUUCAGGCAGGAGUGUGACCGAGAGCUCUGGGGAGACAGGGAGCUUUAGCAGGGUCGAUGUAAGGCAGCAUUAGCCCUCUGAAUGGAACCGAACUUCACGACCAAGAAUAAAUUCAGUGCUCAACCAACAGUAACUCAACGGGUACACAACGAGGUCACCACAACGGGUAUUUCCACAAGGAUGGACGAUGGCUCGAAAAUGUACUGGGACACACAAACCCCUGCAGUCCAUUCAACUGGCUUCACUUAAAAAUGGAAGCUGUGUUAAUGUCUGAACACAGAAACCAUCACUCUAAAACUCAUUCCUCAAGUUCUGACGGCAAUUAAAUUUUCAUAGUUAUUCCAGAUGUAAAAAUAAAAUUACGCAGAAUGAGACGUUAGCCAAGAAGGUUUGCGUUCUGUCUUCAGUACGGGUGCACAGCACGUGACUUAGCUGCAGUGCUGUCACCUACUGGAUUUCUCAGUUUAGCUGCCAAAAUAAUAAGCCAGCUGAAACGCGCCAGGAAGAAACAGCGAUCUUGCAGAGAAACAUGACUGCACUCAUUGUAUAAACACCACCAUGUCACAAUGA